GCCUCCACUCCGGACUUUACGGUAAAUGUGGGCUGCGGAGCCGGAGCCUGUGUGUGUCCGACAGAGACGGAGUUGCACCGCAAGACACUGCGCCGAACAGGUCUCGGAUGUUACUCUUUCUUCUGAGCUACGGAUAUUUCAUCUAGCCAGGUGAACGGACGCUGUCUCCCAGGCCUUUGGUCUCCUGACAGUCUUGACGUUAUCCUUGUGGCGUUUGGUGAGAGGAUAAAUUCUGUGGAUCCAGCUUAUAGCCCGUCAUCCCAAGUACCAGACCACACGAGCAGAAGGAGAGAUCCCUUCCCUCUCCCAUCAUCCUGGGCUGCUAGCUAGCACCAGCAUGGCAGACAGUCGACAGCCAGAGGACGGCGCCCCCCAGUGGGACCCCUCAGGGGGGCAGGAGCCUGGCGGCACGCACGGAGCGAAUGGCUUCUCUUCGUCGGCGUACAGGACCUGCCAGCCGGGCGGCGCCCACGUCUCGGCCGCCCCCUACUCUGCCAGGGAGAACGGCUUCAACGGAGAGCUGACCGGAGCUCAGGCGAUAACUGCAGAACAAGUGUCGGCCCGGAUCGUGCAGGAGGUGACGGCAGAGGCUGUGGCGGUGCUGAAAGGGGAGCAGGAGACUCAAAGGCUGCCAUCAGUUGAAGACACCACCAAUUUGCCUCCCUCCCCUCCCCCGUCACCCGCCGCAGAGCACUUUGGUCCCGUGGAACGAGAUGUAGGGGAUGAGGAGGAGGCGGGCCCUCUCCGCCGUUUCCAAAAUUCUCGGGAGAGGUGCAAGUUCCUCGCCCCCUCCAUCUCAGUUUCCGUGCCCGAGGACGACCCCUACCACUCCGACGAGGAGUACUAUGAGCACCCAUUGUUCAGCCCAGAGUGGACGCACUCGGGCUCUCGCCCCGCGGGGCAGGCCGUGGCCUUUAGACAGAUUGAAGAAGAGACCAUGGAGGCUCUUACAGCUGAAUACGAGGAGGAGGUGGAAGAGGAGGAGGAGAGUGCAGAGGCAGCAGAGUCCGAGGCAGCUCUUGAUGAGCAGCAGUGGAGUGGGGAGGAGCCCGAGCUGGACAGCCCCCAAGCUGAGCCCUUAGAGCAGGCAGAGGCCGUAGACGAGGCUCAGGAUGUUGACAUGGAGCCUGUGGAGGCGGCUAGUGCUGCCGCAGGAAGCUCAAUGGACAGAGAGGAGGAGAAGGCAGAGGAGGAGGAUGAGGAAGAUGAAGAUGUGAUUAAGAGGACAGAGGUACCAGAGGCUCGAGCUGCCAUCGAAUCAGUGGUGACAGUGGAAGACGACUUCAUCACCGUGGUCCAGACGAUCGAUGUGGCCGAAGAACCGGGGCACAGCGUUCGCUUCUCCGCCCCGCCUGAGGAUGAGGCUCUUUGUGUCUCGCAACAGAAAGAGGAAGAGGACGAAGAGGAGGAGUCGGUAGAGUUGGCCCAGGAAGCCGACCUGGAGGCCGCCAGUCUGGAGGAGGUGGCGGACGUUCCUGAAACCCCUGACUCCCCAGCAAGGGAGCCUCAGACCGUAGACACAGAGGGGCCGACCGAAAGCUACGACAGAGACGAGACCACGAUGGACGACUCCAUUCUGGACAGCUCCUGGGUUGACACUCAAGAUGAUAAGAGUAUGGCAACGGAGCAGAUUGAACCUUUGCCUAAGGUGCUCACGCCGGUGAGAAAGGCGGCCAUGGCGCAGAGCAAGCAGACGCAGCAACGAAAGAACGAGAAGCAGGAAAAGCCUGUUAAACCCAAGACCAAGAGUGGGAGGGGUAAAGGACGGAUCUCCACACCGGAGCGCAAACCUGUCCGCAAAGAACCGGUCUACAUCCCAAGAGAGGAGGUCAAGAAGAAAAAAGCUGUCAUAAAAAAGACUGAGCUGACCAAAAAAAUGGACACUCAGACUCAGUCCCCGUCCAAGAGGAACGUGAUGAAGCCGGCCGCUCGCCAGACUCGUCCCACACAGCAUCACUCCUGCCCCAGGAGGAGAGCCACAGAGGCCCUGCCAGACGGUCGUCAGCCGCUCAGUGUUGCCAGACAGUCUCGCGAUAGAGCAUCAGACGGCGGGUCACGGAGCCCGGCCAAGAGGUCGUCGGUGCCGCGGCACGCCUCCAUCCUGAGUCGCCGUGUUUACCACGACCAUGAGGAGAGCUCCACGUCCAUCACCAGCUCUGGUUCCACGGCUCCUCGUAGACCCACGUCGUUUCGCACUGAGAUGAGGGCAGAGCACAGGACAGGGCGAGCCCCGAGUAUGACAGCCACCGAAUCAGUGCGGUCCCGGUCGGCUCGCAGUGGCCACUCCACCCCUCGCACCCCCGGCUCCUCGGCGAUCACCCCCGGGACCCCUCCCAGCUACUCCUCGUCCUCGCGGACCCCCGGGACCCCGCGCUCCCUCAGUUUGAUUUCCGGGGAGCGGAAGGUGGCGGUGGUCCGCACCCCGCCGAAGUCGCCCGCCACCACGCCGAAGCAGCUCCGCAUCAUCAACCAGCCGCUGCCCGACUUCAAAAACAUCAAGUCCAAGAUCGGCUCCACGGAGAACAUCAAGUACCAGCCCAAAGGAGGCCAGGUUCUCAUCCCCAGUGUUAAGCUGGACUAUAGCCAUGUUCAGGCUAGGUGUGGGUCCCUGGACAGGAGGGGAUACUCAGCGGGAGGUGGAAACGUGCAAAUCCAGAACAAGAAGAUCGACUUGAGCCACGUGACGUCCAAGUGUGGCUCUCUGGACAACAUCCAUCAUCGGCCAGGCGGCGGGAACGUGCGCAUCGAGAGCGUGAAGCUGGACUUCAAAGACAAAGCCCAAGCCAAGGUGGGUUCCUUGGAUAAUGCUCACCACACUCCUGGUGGAGGUCGCUUCACGAUCGAGAGCCACAGGUUGACGUUCCGCGACCACGCCAAGGCCCGGGUCGACCACGGCGCCGACAUCGUCAUCCAGUCCCCCGGCCUGUCCGGCCUGGAGUCUCCCCACCGCCACAGAGACAGCCACCUCUCGUCCUCCGGCAGCCUGAACAUGACCGAGUCGCCGCAGCUGGCGACCCUGGCCGAGGACGUCACCGCCGCUCUGGCCAAGCAGGGUUUGUGAACUCUGGAUCCCUCUGGAUCUGCUGCUCUGCGUCUCCGACGUCCACCAAUCAGAUCCCCUCAAACUGGUCCUGCCCUCCUCUGGCACCCCAAGGCUGACUGGUUGCUACUACUUACUACUACUAGUACUACUACUACUGCUUCUACUUCUCCUAGUACUACCACCUCUACUACUCCUACUACUCACCUUAACCACAGCCUCUAAACAUCUUUACUUCAAGAUCCGUCACUCAACUUUAAGUAGAGACUCAAAUUAGGAGCUACUGUACUUUGGUCCUCUUUAUUCUGUUUUCUAUUUAUUUAAAAAUCCAGAUGUUGCUCUUUCUGAUUCGUUCUGUUGACCUCGACCUCUUUUGAACGAUGUUGCCUAGAAUAGUUCCGUCUGAACUGCUGUUCCUUAAAACGAUGUGGCGUGUGUAACUUAUGAGUGGGGACCGUUGUUCGGGCUCGUUUGGUCCCCAGUCGGUGUUUCCGAAGAAGCUACGGUCUUUUUUUUCUACUUUAAAUUGGAGGAAAUGUGACCAGUGCACCAUGCCGCACGUAUUGUUCUUGCUCCAUAAAAAGUGCAUGGACACCAAACUCCCCCCCCCCCCCCCCCCCCCGCCCCCGCCCUCCCAACCCCCUUAACAAAUCAAGCAUCCUUACUGCAAGUCAUUCCUCUCAUCCGAUAUAUAGUAUAUUUAACAAAUAUAUAUAGAAACAUGUACAAAAUACAAGUUCUUUGCCAUCAACAUGUCCUGAAAACAUUUUAAAAGUGAAACGACACUAUGGCUAUAAAAUAUAAUUGUAAAAUUGAAUUAAUGCAAGACCUAGGUCAUGUUAUGACGAGCAUGUAUGGAUUCUAAUAUCAGAAGAGGCUAUUUUGUAUUU